UUCUUCGCCUUUUUGUUUUCCGUCUAAACAAUCACUUUCUCUCCUCCGAUUUUCUUCUUCCCUUCUCUACUCUCUUUCUCUGAUUGUGAAAUCUCUUAAAAGCUGAUGUGUGUUCUUCUUUCCUUUUCUUUUUGUUUCUUUUCCUCUUGAUGAUUUUGUCUCUGUUAUUCUUCUUGAAUCUAGCUACUUGUUUUCUGGAAAUUUCAUCUUCUUGGGUUUCAUUAAUUUCUCUUAAAGCUUGUGACUUUGAGCUUACCCAUUUCAGGUCGAUCAAAGUUUUCUUGUAGACCAAGCAGAAGUUUGUUGAAUAGCUAUUUUGUAAUUUCUACAGUGUCUUGUCCUGGAUUUUCGCUUAUGACAUCUUCUCCUUCUUCUUUCUACUAGAAAUUCUGAAACUUUGUUAGUUUUCAUUGUUUCUCAGGAUGCUUUUUUUGUGCUCUCUGUCUUCCAAAUUUCGAACACUUCUCUGAGAUAUUUGUCUGAUUCUAAAGAAGAUGGAAGCUUCUAAUGCCGAUUCAACUCAUCAGAAACAAAAUCCUAAUUUUCUUGUAGAGGUAAACAACAUUGAGAAACAGCUAUGGACAUUAAUCCAUUCAAAGGGUAUAUUGCAUCCAGAUGUUUCGAAAUUAUACGCGAAAGCUGGUUCGACAUACGAGCAGAUCUUUGAAAGCAAUCUUCAACACGAAGAGCUUCAAGAAGUAGAGUUCUGUCUCUGGAAACUUCACUAUAAACACAUCGAUGAGUUUCGUAAAGGCGUCAAAACAGAUGAUCCCGCCAAGAUAGGCACUCAUAUGAAAGCAUUCAAGUUGUUUCUGUUAAAAGCGGCCGAGUUUUAUCAGAAUCUGAUUUCCAAAGUCAGAGGAUAUAGCUUCAAGCUCUCUGAGGAUUCUGGGGAAAAAGGGGAGAGAGAUUCACAAAGAAGCAGAUUCUUGUGCCAUCGUUUCUAUAUUUGUCUUGGAGAUCUCGAAAGGUAUAAAGAGCAAUAUCUGAAAACACAUGAACAUCCUAAUUGGUCAACUGCAGCUACUCACUAUCUUGAAGCUUCAAAAUCUUGGCCUGAUAGUGGAAAUCCUCAUAACCAGCUAGCUGUUUUGGCGACGUAUGUUGGUGAUGAGUUCUUGGCUUUGUACCACUGUGUGAGAAGCUUGGCUGUGAAAGAACCUUUUCCUGGUGCUUCGAACAAUCUUCUUUUGCUGUUUGAGAAGAACAGGUCUUCUCCUUUGCGGUCUCUGUCUACUGAUGCACAGUUCAACUUCUUGAACCCAUCAGAGAGAUAUGUUUCUGUGAAGGACCGUGAUUUCUCAAAAGCGAAAGGAGAAUUAAUGGCUGCAAUUGAUUUAUGGCCACUUGUUGUUCGAACAAUUGGCUUCUUUUUCCUUAAGUCCAGUUUUGAUGAGUUUGGUUGCGCAUUUGCAUCGGCCAUGAGAAAAUUGGAUGAAGCGUUUGCAGCAGAUGAUAUAAAUUUAGAAGCCAUGUUGGAGUCUUAUCAAGUCUUGGACACGGCGAGAAAGGGACCUUAUAGAAUCCUCCAACUUGUUGCGGUUUUCGUCUUCAUCUUCCACAAUUUAGCCGAGUUUAAUGAAGUAGACAACGCGGAAGAGGAAGUUAAGCUAACAAAUUUAGCAUUAACAAUGGUGUUCAUCGUCAUGGGGCGAGUUGUUGAGAGAUGUUUGAAGACGAGUCCCUUGGAUUCUUGCCCUCUCUUACCUGCUCUACUUGUAUUUCUAGACUACUUACCGUUUCUGCUUCACAAGGCUGAAGAAGACGAAGAAGAAAGCAGAAUUGAUGAGAAGAGCGAGAUAGCGAUAUCUUACUUCUUUGGCAAACUCGUUGAUUUCUUGAACCGGUUAAAGGUGAAAGACGAAAACUGCUCUGCUAAAACGUUGGUAGCUCUUUGGGAGGAUCAUGAACUGAGAUCAUUGGCUCCUCUGGCUCCUAUACAAGUACUUUUAGAUUUCUCAAGUCACAUGGAUCUAAGAGAGAGUUCUGACAGAGGGAAGGAGCUUCGUCUUCAACGCAUUAUUAAUUCCGCUCUUAAGAUCACAAGUAGACAGAAGAAGGGUUCUCAAAAGUGGUUAUUCUUUGACAAGCAAAGGACUCAAUUUUACACAACUUCAGGUGAAUUGCAAUGCAAAGAAGAGAUCUUUCAUGGAAAUGGAGAGGAAAGUAACAGAAAAUGUGUCACUAUAGGAACGGUUGAGAUCAUUCCUAGUGAGAUUGAAAGAUCUGUGCCUGCAGAAGAAGAAGAAGUGAUCCUUCUUAAGCCGCUUGUAAGGUGUCAAUCUGCUCCAAUCUGUUCUUCUGGCAUUGAGACGAAGCCAUUCAGCGCCGAUAACACAACUUCAGGAAACCAAACAACUUCAUAUGAUGAAAGCCUAAGACGUACCUCAUCACUCAUUGUGAACCACAGCCCACAGGAUACUAACUCUGAAAGUUUCAGCUUCAUGCAAGGUCUUAAGGACACGGAUCAGAAACAUUUGCAUCUAGAAGAAGGCACUGUCUCAGGAAGACCUCCAUCGCUGAGCGCAUGGGUGGUUGACAAGAGUAAAGAGAAUGGAAGAUUUGGUUUAAGUAAACCAAACGGGUUGGGCCCUAUUGAUGAAACAAGUCCUGUCACAUCCUUUGAUAGUCUCUCCAUCAGUACCAGUAUCGAGGAGCCUCCUUUUGUGUAUACACCUCCUACUCCGUCUGCUCCUUUACUGCCUGAAGACGCUUCUUGGUUUCAUAAUGGCACUAGUAGUAACAAAGCAGAGAGUUUAUAUUCUCAGACAAGAUUCAUGAAGCCAUACACAAACCCGCCAUUUGUUGGGAUUUCUUCUUCUGAAUGGUUACGUCGAUACAGAGAAAGUCGGAAUCUUGGACCAGCCUAUUCUUAUCAAGCACAGGGGACAAACAAUUUGAAGAACUUCUUAGCUCAUGGGUCUUCCAAGUUCAGUCUCUUAGCUAGGUACGGGACACCAAAUGAUCAGUCGAUGAUCUCUUCUGAAAACUCAAUGUUGUAUCCUCAGACUUACAUGGAAAACCGUGAAUCUAAAGGAGAGAAGCUCUGCAACGGUCAACAAAGCCCAACAAACGGUUAUGACUUCAGUGACGAUCCUGGACCGUUCCUUCGAUACCUGAGAGAGAAAGAGUGGCUGAAUGAGAAUGGUCAGAGGUUAAGAGGACCUUCUCCUGCAUAUAUGAACAACUAAACAUGUACGAGUGAGUGGGUUUAUAAGAAACUGUCUCAGGUAAGCAAGUUUUGACAACUCAUAUUGUCUUGUCUCCUUGUGCUAUUGCUUAAUUUUUCAAGAUAAUGAAAACCCGAAUUAAGAAAAGGUUCUUGUUGUACAUAAGCAAACAAAUAAAGGAAACUUCCUACGUAUUUAAAUCAAUCAAGUUCUUUUGUUU